CCCUUCAGAGGAAAUACUGCUUGAACGCUACUCGGUCAACACUAAGCCCAGCACCAGGACGCCUGCCAGGCACACAUCAGAUUCACAGUUGUGCCUGACACCAGUAUGGACAAAAAGUUAGAUCUUUCCACACUCACAGAUGAGGAGGCCAAGCAUGUGUGGGCAGUUGUCCAGCGAGAUUUUGACCUGAGGCAGAAGGAAGAAGACAGACUUGGAAAGCUAAAGACCCAGAUUGAGAAAGAAGACAGCAAGAGAGAGCUACUGGGGAACCACACCAGCCUGAUCGAGUCUCACUGUAUUCGAUGUCUCCAGCCAUUCAAGUUCCUGGUCAACAGCAAGCAUCAGUGUCUGGACUGCCAGUUGUACAUCUGCAGGUCCUGCAGCCACUACAACUUCAAGGGGUGUGGCUGGGUAUGUGAUCCCUGUCACAUGACUAGGGUCCUCAAGAUCUGCACUUUGGAGUGGUAUCAUGAAAAAGUCCAUGCCCGUUUCAAGCGCUUCGGCAGUGCCAAGGUGAUGCGAUCACUUUACAGGAGGCUAAAAGGACAACACAGUGGCUUUGAGCAUGACCUUGGAGAAUCCUGUGAAUAUGACACACAGAACAUGGCUGAGGUCCACGGUGGAUAUGAGGAGCACAGUGUGGAUGCAGUGUGUGAUUCGCUACACUACAAAGAGGCCACAGUCUCCCAAGACAUCAUGGUCAGGGAUGUAGGUGUGAGGAGGUCGCUGCUCGCUGAGGCUGAUAUGGCCUCCACUUUCCAGCAGAUUUUGGAAGAGCAACACAAAGACCUGGACCCAGGAAUGGCUCCAAAUCAAGAUGACCUUGCAUACUCAGACAAUCAGACUAUUCCAUCUUGCUUCGCCUCCCAGCUCAGCUACUCCUCAUAUGGCAGCGGUAGUGUAGGGGGCCACCAGGACAGUAGCAGCUAUCUGCCCAGUCCUUGUGACUUAGAAGAGGAGACAGGCCACUGCCAGGCCGACCCACACUUCAAGUCUCAUCUGGGCCCCUGCAGCCACACUACUCAGCACAGCCUGGACUCCAUGAACUCCACACCACAGGCUACUCCAACUCCAAAGAGCACCUCUCCUCUUCCUCAGUGGGAAGAAGAAGAGGACCUAGAAGAGCAGCAACUCAGACAGAAGCUGCACGAGAUGACAGAGAAGAUUAGUGACCACAGUCUAUCCUCCGAUGAGGAUGAGUUCAACAGGCCACACUCAUUGCAAGAGAAGCCAGCACGGAGGAGCCCAGAAGGGAAUGCCAAGACUUCUAAACUACCUACCAGACUCCCAUCCAGAACAAGCAUCGUGGUCUCCACACUUGAGGAGAAGCAACUUCAGCCAACUGACUCUCUAAAGACAAGCAAUUCAACAGAAAGCGUGGAGAGGAAUUGGCACCCCCAAGAGGAGGGAGCAGAUGCAGGCUUCGCGGGCUCAACAGCCUUACUUGUCGAGCUAGAGGACAAGGUAGCUCAAGCAGCUGCCAACAUCCAGAAUGCUCAGAGUGAGGUCUCCAACAUAGAGGAUAGGAUUGCUGCUCUGAAUGCUGCUGGCAUGCCAGCGGAUAAAAGGAAAAGGUCUGCAAUCCCAGUCCAAGCAAGAAGAGUUUCCCAGAACUUUCCCACAAGCCAGGUGGACAUGUUUGUGAGGAACACCCUCUAUAGGGGCUCCCUGACACAGAGGAACCCAGUCGCCAAGCCGAAGACCAAGGCAGCCUGUGCGAAACCAGUAAUGACACAGGGCUCAUGAGGAGGAGGCUGAGCAUUAUGUGACUGUGUAAGUUUUCCUGUGGAAUGGGUUAAAUUCCACUUGUGGAGUUUACUAUUUACAUUUGAAGAGUGCCAGCUGGGGUGGAACUGCUUCAUGUUUAGUUUAAAAGUCUGUAAUUUUGAUAUUGUUAUGUUAUUUUGAUCAUAUUUACAGUAUAUGUUUAAGUUACACAUG